UUCCUGAGCAGGAGAAGAUGGGUCAUAGACAACUCGCAGGCAUCGGGAAACAAAGCUCUGGGACUUGAGUCGGCGUUGUUUAACAGCAAUUCCGGCUCUUUCCCCACGACGGCGGCGGGUACGUUUGCGUCUCCGAGGGGCAUUCAACUCACUGAUACAGGCACCAUGACUGAAAUUGAACAGAUGCCCGAUUUUCGUCUCAUUGAUCAUAAAGGCUAUAAGAUUAUAACCAACAUUCAUUCACCAGAGGAGCUGGAAAAACUAGAGGACGGUGAAGUUUAUGAUGAUGAUCUCUUUGUUGUCACAUACCCAAAAUCAGGGACAAUUUGGAUGCAGCAGAUUAUGACACUUAUUGAUGCUAAAGGAGACCUGAGCGCCAGUCAGAGCAAGUUGACAAGUGAGUGCUUUCCUUGGGUUGAGCUGACAGAAUUUGCCAAGAACUUUGCUUCCCGGCCAUCCCCCCGACUAUACUGCUCCCAUUUACCUUGGUAUUUGCUGCCAAAAGGUCUAAGACAAAAGAAGGGAAAGAUCAUUUAUGUGUCAAGAAACCCUAAAGAUGUUUUGACAUCCUACUACCAUUUCCACUUCUUUGCCAAUAUGUUAGAGACGCCCAAGGAUUUUGAGGAUUUUUUAGAUAAAUUUAUUGAUGGCAGAGUUAAUGGAGGCUCCUGGUUUGAUCACAUCAGAGGAUGGUAUAGCCAUAAAGAUGAAUUCAACAUUUUGUUCCUAACAUAUGAAGAAUUGAUUAAGGAUCUUAAAACAGCUAUUGUCAAAAUAACCAAAUUUUGGGGGAAAGACUUGGAUGAUCAACAGGUGAAUAAUGUGGUUUAUCACAGCACCUUCAGGAACAUGAAAACCAACCCAAAGGCCAACUAUGAGGAGAUCCCAAAGACUAUGCUUGACCAAGACAAGGGAUCAUUUAUGAGAAAAGGAGUAAUUGGAGACUGGAAGAACACACUCACGGUAGCACAAAAUGAAAGAUUUGAUCAAGUGUUUGAGGAAAAAAUGAGCGAUUGCCCCUUAAAGUUUGUGUGGAACAUGUAAAAGGAAGCCUUUUGGAAAUAUUGUGCAUUCUGUAAGCAUUCUGUUUUCUAUGAGAGAUUAAAGUUGUCAUCAUCUUGGAAUUUGUUAUCUGACUCAGAUAAUGGAAAUGAACAUUUGUAUGCAUUCAGAGCUAUUACAAUUUUUAUUUAAACAUUUAAACACAAUAAUGAAGAAAACAACAUUUAUAUUACAUUUUAUAUAAUGAGUAGAACAGACUUGAAUUAUUAGGAAUUAGUAUGACUGUCUCAUAAUUUAUGAGAUCUGUGUUCAGUGUUC